UUAGAAGGACAAUUCCCUUCCUUAAUUGUUAAUGGUGGCUAUGCUGCUAAUGCAACCCAGUGUGGAGCAGAGCCAGGUUCUGCUUGAGAGGUGUUCAAGCUUAAAAGAACUGAAGCAGAUUCAUGGCCAAAUACUGAAAAAUGGCACCAUGAUGCAUGAGAUGACAGCAAGCAGGCUCUUUGCUUCAUAUGCAUUACAUAAGUUUGGCAACUUGUUCUGUGCUCGUAUGCUCUUUGACAGAAUAAAUUCACCUAAUAUUGUCAUGUGGAACACCAUGAUCAGGGCAUACUCGAACAGUGAUGACCCGGAAGAAGCUCUGGUUUUGUACCAUAAAAUGCUUCACCACUCAGUGCCUCACAAUGCCUACACUUUCCCUUUCCUUCUCAAAGCAUGUUCUGCACUCUCAGCAUUUGAAGAAACCCAGCAAAUCCAUGCUCAAAUUUUCAAAAGGGGUUAUGGAUCUGAGGUUUACGCCACAAACUCCCUCCUUCGUGUGUAUGCGACUUCAGGCUAUAUUGAAUUGGCUCGCAUCCUAUUUAACCAGCUUGCAACUAGAGAUAUUGUUUCGUGGAAUACAAUGAUUGAUGGGUACAUAAAAUGUGGAAACUUAGACGUGGCUCAUAAGAUGUUUCAAGACAUGACACUGAAAAAUGUCAUCACUUGGACAACCAUGAUUGUUGGUUUUGUUAGGAAAGGCAUGCACAAAGAAGCACUGUCUCUCUUUCAGCAAAUGCUGGUUGCCGGCAUCAAACCUGAUCGGAUAACCCUGAGUUGCUUGCUUUCAGCAUGUGCAGGCCUUGGUUCAUUGGAGCAAGGAAGGUGGAUUCACAACUACAUCAAUAUAAAUGAAAUAAAGAUAGAUCCAGUUUUGGGUUCUGUUCUUAUAGACAUGUAUGCAAAAUGUGGUGAAAUGGAAAGAGCCCUACAAGUGUUUACUAACUUGGAGAAUAAAUGUGUCUAUGCAUGGACAGCAAUAAUUGGUGGCUUUGCAGUCCAUGGGAAGGGUAGAGAAUCCCUAGACUGGUUUAACCAAAUGCAGAAAGCGGGAAUCAAGCCAACUUCCAUAACUUUUUCUGCGAUUUUGACUGCAUGUAGUCAUGCAGGACUUGUUGAAGAAGGAAAGUUCAUGUUUGAUAGCAUGAGUACUGCUUACAACAUUGCACACUCUAUGGAACACUAUGGAUGCAUGGUGGACCUUCUCGGUCGCGCAGGGUUGUUGAAAGAAGCAAAGGAGUUCAUAGAGUCAAUGCCCUUCAAGCCAAAUGCUGUAAUAUGGGGCGCACUGCUCAAUGCCUGCUACCUGCACAAACAAAUUGAGCUUGGAAAAGAGGUUGGCAAAAUUCUUAUUGAGAUGGACCCUGAUCAUAGCGGCCGCUAUGUUCAUCUGGCAAGCAUUCUUGCUGCAGCCGGAGAAUGGAACCAAGCAGUUAAAGUAAGAAACCAGAUCAAACAUAGGGGACUGCUGAAUCUUCCAGGAUACAGCAGCAUAACAGUAAAUGGGGUUGAACACGAGUUCUUUGCUGGGAUUGGAUCCUCAUACCCACAUAUACAAGAGAUAUAUAACAUGCCCGAUAUUAUUGAGGAACAGAUAUGAUAC